AUGCAAGUUGGGCUCGUUGAGCCCGAGUUUGCGUUACGAAAAUUCAUUAUUGAAAGGGAUGAUUGGCGGAAAAUUUUUAUCGUGGGCAGAGAAUUAGGGCUUCCGGAAGAAGUAGAGAAAGAUAUCUUGCGGAAAUGGUAUUACUAUUACCGAAUACAGGAAAUGAUCGGUGACAAGAAUUCUGCUCAUCGUGCCACAAGCGCAGAGAAAAUAUUUCGCCACACACUCAGCAAAUGUAAUCCAGAGAUAUGUUUGGCCCUUUUCGACCAAUCGCCUUCGAGAAUGAGUCGAACAAGAAAGGUAAAUGUAAGGAAACGUUUGAGAGCUGUCGAUAACGUGAUCGAAACAUUAGUAAAGUCUGGAGUUAAAUGUAAGGCUUUGGAAGUAGCAAAGCAACUACCGAAAGAGUCGGAAAUGCCUCCAUGUAAUAAGUACACGGUAUUUAGCAGAAAGCAUAAGGGUUAUAGGAAGGCAUUACACAAAGUACCUAAAUUUACCAAAGUUACCAUGAGAACUCCUCCUCCAGGCUUCUAG